UGCAAACCUCUCCAAGAGAAAAAUGGAAAAGUGGAUUGUGUUCUUCAAGCAGUUUAUGAAUUAAAAAGAGAGAGAGAGAGAGGACACUCUAAUGCACUAUUUCCCAUUCUGUGAGUAUAAAAGGGUAUUGAUAUUUUGACUUGCUAUUAUAUGCCCCACAUCAGCAACAUGCUUAAAUGCCUGCCUAACUUUAAGCAGCUGUUUAGUCCCAUUGCAGUAUUGCCAGCCUCAAGAGAUCGCGAGUUGUGAGUCAGACCCCAAAAAUCGUGGAUUGGCCGAAAAAACAAAUUAAAAACCUCACUGCCACAUCUUCCCAUCUCCUACCCAGAAGCAAAUUCUGCUCCUCAACCUCCAAAUCAAUUCUGUCCCCCAGUCUCCACUUUGGUUCAGUCCCUCCUUCAGCCCCCCAGGUUCACGUUUACUCCUGAGGCUCCUCACCGAGGCCUGGGAGGUGCUGCACUGGGGUUCCUGUUCAGCCUUACAGGCAGGGGGAGCAUCUUCAGGGGCUCUUCACCCCACCCUGUCCCUAGGCUGGGUGUUGCAGGGAGGAGCAGAGGAGCCUUCCUUGUUGCUCACAGGAGACAGAGCUGCAUGAGUUGCGGGCUUUUUCUGCUCCCUCAUGUCCUCCUGUGAAAUGGCGUCAGGUUGUGGGGGAGAGAGCUUUUCAAUCAGCAGCUCUGGUGAUUCUGCCCCAGGAUGUGGGGAAGGCAGCCAAUCAGAGGGGUUCCACCCCAGGUAAGGCUCUAAGCUGCUAAUUCACAUCAUUGCCAGGCUCGUUCCAGCCCUGCUCAAAUCCUGUCACAGCGCGCACACACAAAUCAGGAAAAAUUGUUUGUGUGACAGGUUUGUGAUAUGAUUGAUGUUCUACUCUGAUCAGGAUUCAGGCAAAUGCACUGAGGACUGCAGACUUCCCUCCUGCUCGCUUUAUUUAAAAAAAAAAAAAAAAAAAGCCAUACAAAGACAGCCCAAGAACACCAUGAACAAAGCAGGAAAAUCGAGUGGGUUUCCUGAUGGAAGGUUCCUGAGGUGUCUACCUGGUUGCAUUUUCUAUUGGUGUGGAGCAAGGAUAGUAGACACAGCACUCCCCGAUAAACAGAAGGAAAGUUGGCUUUUAAGGAGAGGUGUCAGUGAUGUUGGGGAAGAAGUGGAAUAUGAUGAAGAACUGUAUGUGGCUGGCAAUAUGGUCAUUUGGAGCAAAGGAAGUAGAAGCCAAGCAUCUGCUGUUUAUAAAGCUUUCACUGUUGACAGCCCUGUUCUACAGGCUUUGUGGUGUGAUUUCACUGUACCACAGGAAAAAUCUGAGAAAGCUGACAAUAGUGAUGAAAUAGUAGAAAAGUGUAUCUGCAUAUUGCAAAGCUCCUGCAUAAAUGUUCAUAGUAUAGAAGGAAAGGAUUACAUUGCUUCCUUACCUUUUCAGGUAGCAAAUGUCUGGCCAACAAAGUAUGGCUUGUUGUUUGAACGCAGCAGCACUUCACACGAAGUCCCUCUGAGUCCAUCCAGAGAACCUUUGCCCACUAUGUUCAGUAUGCUACAUCCUUUAGAUGAGAUAACACCUCUUGUCUGCAAGUCUGGAGAUGGGGUUAACCUGAGCGCUACUUCUCUAGCAGGUGUGUUUGGCUCGGCUAGAGUACAGUAUGUUGCUGAUUACACACUGCGCAUUGUGUUCCUCAAUGAGGAGCCUUCCAUUGUGAUGACCUAUGACACCGUUCAGAGUUUGCAUGCUGUCUGGGCCCUUCGUAGAGUAAAACCAGAGGAGCAGAACACAGUCCUAAAGUUCUCUGAGCAGGUGGGGACGCCGCAACAUGUGGCCACCAGCAGCUCUUUGACCGCCCACCUCAGGAGUCUCUCGAAAGGAGACUCGCCCCUGGCUUCCCCUUUCCAGAAUUAUUCCUCUCUUCACAGCCAGAGUAGGUCGUUGUCGUCACCCAGCGUGCACUCCCGCUCCCCUUCCAUAUCCAACAUGGCAGCUCUUAGCCGUUCUCACUCUCCUGCCUUAGGGGUGCAAUCUUUCUCUGGAGUGCAGAGAUUCAACUUCUCCAGUAACACCCAGUCGCCACGGAGGCACAGUGCGAGCCAUUCUCCAAACAGUGCUUCCAGUGACUCCUUCCUUGCUCCAGAAACUGAGCCAAUUGUUCCAGAGCUGUGCAUAGACCAUCUGUGGACAGAGACCAUUAUGACCAUGAGAGAGAAGAAUUCCCAAGCCUCAAAAGUGUUUAUUACAACUGACCUUUGUGGACAAAAGUUCUUGUGCUUUUUAGUGGAAUCCCAGCUCCAGUUGCGCUGUGUAAAGUUUCAAGAGAGUAACGAUAAGUCACAGUUGAUCUUUGGUUCUGUUACAAAUAUACAGGCAAAGGACGCAGCCCCUGUAGAGAGCAUUGACACAUUGCUGGUUCUGGAAGGCAAUGGAAACUUAGUGCUGUAUACUGGAGUGGUUCGGGUAGGGAAGGUUUUUAUUCCUGGCCUGCCAGCACCAUCAUUGACAAUGUCGAACCAAAUGCCUCGGCCGAGCACCCCUCUGGAUAGCCUGAAUACUCCUUCCAAGCCUUUGAAUAAGCACCUAGGGCCCUUAGAGGAGGGAGUUCUAUUGUCUCCAGUUCCAGAGUUGAGGGAUUCUUCCAAACUUCAUGACUCCUCUUACAUUGAUGAUUGUACUUUCCAACAACUUGGAACUUUCAUUCACUCUGUACGAGACCAUGUUCACAACAGAGUAACUCUGGAACUCAGCAAUAGCUCGAUGGUUAGGAUUACCAUUCCUGAAAUCGCCACCUCAGAGCUAGUGAAAAGAUGUUUACAAGGAAUUAAGUCUAUCCUGCCCAAAGAGAUCGCGGUACAAAUGCUUGUCAAGUGGUAUAAUGCUUACAAUGCUCCCGGAGGACCAAGUUAUCACUCCGAGUGGAGUUUAUUUGUAACCUGCCUCAUGAAUAUGAUGGGUUACAAUACUGACAGAUUGGCAUGGACACGUAAUCUUGAUUUUGAAGGAUCCCUUUCCCCUGUCAUUGCUCCCAAGAAGGCUAGACCUUCUGAGACAGGAUCAGAUGAAGACUGGGAGUAUCUGCUCAAUUCAGACUACCAUAGAAACCUUGAGUCUCACCCUCUGGCCAGAGCCUUGCGGUUGGAUCCAUUGGAAACCUCAUUUCCAAAAGAUGACUUUUCACCCAGCCUCAGCUUGGAUUCCUCAACUCUUCUCUUCACCCACAUUCCUGCUAUUUUCUUUGUGCUUCAUCUGAUCUAUGAAGAGCUCAAAUUGAACAGCCUGAUGGGAGAAGGCAUUCGUUCACUUGUUGUACUGCUUGUUCAGCUGGCAAGGGACUUAAAAUUAGAAGCGUAUAUAGAUUAUUACUACAGAGAGUAUCCUGCACUUGUAAAGACCUCCAGGCAGACAUGCAUAAUCGAUCAAGCCCAAACAGGUUUCAUGCACCAUCCCUCGUUUUUUUCUGCUGAGCCUCCCAGUAUCUUUCAGUGGCUGAGUUCCUGUCUGAAGGGAGAAGGAGCCCUGCCUUAUCCUUACUUACCAGGAAUCUGUGAAAGGAGCAAACUAGUCGUGCUGAGUGUUGCACUGUACAUACUUGGUGAUGAGAGUGCUGUUUCAAAUGAAGCAUCACAUUAUUUGUUUCGGAUAACUUCAGGGCAACGAAAGCAGCAGACAGAACAAGAUGAUGAUCGAUAUAGUUUCAGACACAGCACAUCUGUUUCCAACCUAGCUGAAAAGCUGGUUAUCUGGAUGACUAGUGUGGGUUUCACCUUAAGAGAUUUGGAGUCUCUCCCCUUUGGGGUUGCGCUUCCUAUCAGAGAUGCUGUAUAUCACUGCCGAGAGCAGCCUGCCUCUGAUUGGCCAGAAGCUGUUUGUCUCUUGAUUGGUCGUCAAGAUCUUUCCAAACAGGCAUGUGAAGGGAACCUGGCAAAGGGUAAAUCUAAGAUACGACUUUCAGAGAACAGUGAGAAGUUUCAGUGUUCUGCCCUUAGCAUGUGGCAACAAAAGUUACACCAGAGGAAAGGAAAGCAGUCUGUUGCCCAGGUGUUAUCGUCUGAUGUGCCUUCAGGAGCUGAGGCAGAAGAAGAUGAUGAUGGUAUGAAUGAUAUGAACCAGGAAGUGAUGUCCCUAAUAUGGAGUGAGGAUUUGAGAGUGCAAGAGGUGCGCAGACUCCUUCAAAGUGCCCAUCCUGUACGUGUCAGUGUAGUACAGAUGCCAGAAGUCAGUGACCAUGAAUACAUAGAAGAAAAAGAAAACCGGUUAUUACAGUUGUGUCAACGGACUAUGGCGCUCCCCUUAGGCCGAGGAAUGUUUACACUCUUCUCAUAUCAUCCAGUGCCAACGGAACCAUUGCCUAUUCCUAAACUGAAUCUAACGGGCCGUGCUCCACCUAGGAACACUACUGUGGACCUUAAUAGUGGGAACAUUGAUGUCCCUCCAAAUAUGGCAUGCUGGGCCAGUUUUCACAACGGAGUGGCUGCUGGGCUGAAGAUAGCACCUGCUUCCCAGAUAGAUUCAGCUUGGAUUGUCUAUAACAAACCCAAAACUGCAGAACUCGCCAAUGAAUACGCCGGCUUCCUCAUGGCACUGGGUCUGAACGGACACCUCACAAAGCUUGCCACACUCAACAUACACGACUACUUGACCAAGGGCCAUGAGAUGACAAGUAUUGGGCUGCUGCUUGGUGUUUCUGCUGCCAAGCUAGGCACAAUGGAUAUGGCUAUUACGCGGCUCCUUAGCAUCCACAUACCUGCUCUCUUACCACCAACUUCAACAGAGCUGGACGUCCCUCAUAACGUACAGGUGGCGGCUGUGAUAGGAAUCGGCCUGGUAUAUCAAGGAACGGCUCACAGGCACACGGCAGAGGUUCUGCUAGCUGAAAUAGGACGUCCCCCAGGUCCUGAAAUGGAGUACUGCACUGACAGAGAAUCCUAUUCUCUAGCAGCUGGUUUAGCAUUGGGCAUGGUCUGCUUGGGACAUGGCAGUAACUUGAUAGGCAUGUCUGACCUCAAUGUCCCUGAGCAGCUUUAUCAGUACAUGGUUGGAGGUCACAAGCGUUUCCAAGCAGGAAUGCACAGAGAGAAACACAAGUCUCCAAGUUAUCAGAUAAAGGAAGGAGAUACCAUAAAUGUGGAUGUUACUUGUCCAGGGGCAACUCUGGCAUUAGCUAUGAUCUACCUAAAGACUAAUAACAGGUCUAUUGCUGACUGGCUUCGAGCUCCGGACACGAUGUAUUUGCUGGACUUUGUAAAACCAGAAUUUCUUUUGCUGAGGACACUUGCUCGAUGCUUGAUUUUGUGGGAUGACAUUUUGCCCAAUUCGAAGUGGGUUGAUAGUAACGUACCACAAAUUAUAAGAGAGAACCGUAUAUCCCUUCAUGCAACAGAAUUGCCUUCAUCAGAAGAUCUGAAUUUGGAGACACUGGCGCAAGCUCACGUCUACAUCAUUGCUGGUGCCUGCUUGUCACUGGGUUUUCGAUUUGCUGGUUCAGAAAACCUAGCUGCAUUUAACUGCUUGUUUAAAUUUGCAAAAGAUUUCAUGAAAUGUUUGUCAGCACCUACAGCUUCAAUAACAGGUCACUAUAACCUUGAAACUUGUUUGAGUGUUGUGCUGCUGUCUCUUGCAAUGGUGAUGGCGGGCUCUGGAAACUUGAAGGUCCUCCAGCUCUGUCGUUUCAUGCAUAAGAAGACAGGUGGAGAGAUGAACUAUGGGUUCCAUCUGGCUCAUCACAUGGCUCUUGGACUUCUUUUUUUGGGAGGAGGAAGAUACUCCCUGAGUACGUCAGAUUCUUCAAUUGCUGCUCUUCUUUGUGCUCUGUAUCCUCACUUCCCCGUUCACAGUUCUGACAACAGGUAUCACCUUCAGGCCCUACGGCACCUGUAUGUGCUGGCAGCAGAACCAAGGCUCCUGGUGCCUGUUGAUGUGGAUACAAACACUCCUUGUUACACGCUACUAGAGGUUACCUAUAAGGGCACGCAAUGGUAUGAAGAAACCACAGAGGAAUUGAUGGCACCAACUCUCCUCCCGGAGCUUCACUUACUUAAGCAGAUCAGAGUGAAAGGCCCGCGAUACUGGGAACUACUAAUAGAUUUAAGCAAGGGGACACACCAGUUGAAGUCUAUCCUUUCUAAGGAUGGCAUCCUGUAUGUAAAACUGAGAGCUGGGCAGCUCUCGUACAAAGAGGACCCAAUGGGCUGGCGCAGUUUGUUAGCACAGGCUGUCACUCACAGGAACUCUGAAACUCGGACGUUCAAGCCAGAAACUAUUUCUGCUUUCACUUCUGAUCCCGCACUACUUUCAUUUGCUGACUAUUUCUGCAAACCAGCUGUGAACAUGGGUCAGAAACAGGAAAUAUUGGAUCUCUUCUCAUCUAUUCUUUAUGAGUGUGUUACUCGAGAGAAUCCGGAGAUGCUGCCUGCAUACAUAGCAAUAGAUCAGGCUGUGAGGAUAUUAGAGAGAAAAGAAAUGUCUGAGACCUUUGAAUUGUGGCAGAUAAAGCUGGUAUUAGAAUUUUUCAGCUCCAGAAGCCACCAGGAGAGAGUGAGGAGAAAUCCAAACCGAGGGCUCUUCAUGAACUCUGAAUUUCUGCCUGUGAUGAAGUGCACUAUUGAUAAUACCUUGGACCAGUGGCUACAAGCGGGAGGGGACGUCUCUCUGCACUCCUACCUAAGUGGGCAGCCUACUGAAGAAUCGCAGUUAAAUAUGCUGGCCUGCUUCCUCGUUUACCACUCAGUCCCAACCCCAGGGCAGCUCUCAGCAGGCGGCUUAGAAGGGAGCGUAAGCUUUUCUGAACUGCUUUUGAAAUUCAGGCGGCUGAAAAUGCCAGUUCGUGCAUUACUGCGACUUGCACCUCUACUGCUUGGAAAUCCACAGUCAGUGGUGCUGUGACCGUGCCAAGACGGAGACCCAGAACACAAAUCUUACACAGUCACCAAAGCCAAUGGCAACAGUGUUGUUUUAAGUUAUCUGAAAGACCCCUGGAUGAAGGGAACUUAACGUUGUAGCUUCAUAGGCCAUGUCCCAAGCAUCUCUUCCACUUGCCCGUAGAUGUUUUGACUGUGACAGGGAGCUUUGUAUGUAUUGUUGUUUCAAUGAAGGGUACCUACAUACAACGAAUUAACCCUUUACUUUUCUAAAUAAAGUUUGUUUACAAAAAAGCCUUGUGGCGAGUCAUGAAAAUAACUGAUCUGGAAGCAAUUGGUCACCUCAUGUGCUCACCACCCAGUAUUCUGAGCCUUUGGCGCUUUUAAAACCAUCUUUAAGGAGAUAGAAAAGGGCUAUUUACAGGGAUGGCACUGAGGAGCAGUAGGCCUCAACCUCCACUUUCCAUCUUGGGCAGCUGGAUGGAAACUGUAAAGAUGAGUCACACGCCAUCACAUUCAUAUACUGCCUGUUGCUUUCCUUUCUUCCGCCAUUUUCAAAAAUCGAAUCUUUUUUCUAAAACACUUUUUUUUUUUAAAUAUAAGAUGGGAGCAUUUCGAGCCCAGCAGAACAAAGACAACUUUGAAUUUCUUUUUUUAAAUUAGAUAAUUUUAAUUUAGUUUUUCAACUGGUGCUGAGCAGAACUCGCUUGCUGGGCUAUGCUGCCUCUCAGAUGAGGCUGAAUCUGUGUACUUGGCUAGGCUAUUUGGACAGUCUGCGAUUCCUGCCCCCCCCCCCACCUCUGACACACAGAGGUGCUGGCCCAGGCAAUGGUUUGCACAUGAUGGAAUUUCUGUGCAGUGAAUGAGGAAAAGCUGCAGGCAGAAAGAUGUCGGUGCUGCGGUAAGAGCAAUGGCCUAGAACCUAUGAGACCAGAACCUAGUCAGUGGAUUUGCUGCAGGCUGGUUAUGCAAGAUUGGGUAAGUCCCCUAAACUAGAGCAUUUGAGGCCAACGGUAGUGGGAGCCUCACAUCUCUGUACUUCAGUUCUCCCAGAAUGGGGCUCACUACAUGGAGCCUGGAAUGUUGGAGGGGUGGGCCAGGGUGAGCAGACAGCAAAUGUGAAAAAUCGGGAGAGAGGGUAAUAGGAACCUAUAUAAGAAAAAGACCCCAAAAUCGGGACAAAUCGGGACAUCUGGUCACCCUAGGUGGGGGAGCACACCCUGGAGUGCUGUUGGCUGGUGACCAACAACUGAGCAGAGGGGUUAUGGCUGGAGGAGGGGUAACAGGACAGCCCUGGAUCUUGGAGGAGAUGGCAGCUUCCAAGGGACCAUGGAAAAAACAGGCUAGGGGGUGGGAGGACAAGGCUGGGGGUCACUGUUCUGAGGGCUGUAUCAAGAACCCCUCAUCACUGCCAGAAGGAGGAUGGCCUGUGGGGUCAUUAGCUGGAGACCAGCCUUCAGUGUGGAGAAAAGUUGUCAGAUUUUACUGGAAAAAAAAAUAUUUUCUAUUUUUUACUUUUUUUAAAAACAAACCUGUUUAAAAUGAAAUCUGAAUGUAAUCCAAAAUAUGUUAAUUCCUGAACAUUCUUUCUUGAAACAUUUAAAU